AUGUCUUGCCAAGGUUGCGUUAAUGCUGUCAAAAACGUACUAAAUAAAUUCCAAGAUACUGCCUAUGAAGUUGAAUUGGAAAACCAACUGGUUACUGUUACGACUAAAGCGACUAACGAGGAAGUAUUUAAUGCCCUCAAAGGCACUGGGAAAGAACUUGCUGGCAUAAUUCUCAUCGGACUAGGUUUAUACGAACUUGCAUCUCCAGAAGUUCGCUUUUAUUCUAAUGUUAUCCCACUGGCAACCAUUUUACUUGGGGUUCUGAUAUUUUUGAUUUCGGUGACUGGAUGUUUUGGUGCUGUCGCCGAAAGUAAACCUAUUCUUGUCACGUAUUUUAUCGUUCUUCUGAUUCUAGUCAUUAUUCAAGUCAUUGCAGCAAUUAUUACAUUGGUUGAUUCCCAGAACGUUGAAAGGAUACUCGAUACUGCUUGGGAAAAGGCAUAUCAAGAACAUCCUGCAAUCAUUCGUGAUAUUGAGGAUGAGUAUGCUUGUUGUGGGUUUCGAAAUACCACCGACCGUGCGAUACCAAAGCGUACGCCGGAUGCAUGCGUCGAAAGUCCAUGGUUCGGAUAUAACAAACCUUGUCUGGCAAGUUUGGAAACUGCCUAUAGGAGACAUCAUACCAUGCUCGCUGUCUGGGGUAUCGUUUUGGCGGUCAUUCAGAUUCUUGCACUUAUUUCUGUCUACAUCCUGAUCGUUUUCCUGCCAACUCCCGAGGAACGCGAACGUAUCUAUCGAGCCGAACAUGAAAGACUUGUUCGAAUUGGACGUGGUGAAGAUCCUGAACAACCGACUAAACCUUACAGCGUUGGACAAUAUGGAGCUACUUCUGGCGUUAGCACUUAA